CAAUUCAGGAGUCAGAACUCAUUUCCUCUGUAUUCUUUUUUUUUUUUCUUUUAAACCAUCUGAAAAUUGAAAAUUGGAAGAUGUACUACGGCCUCUUACUUACCAACCCGUGAACAAAAGAAAUACAGCAAACCCGUGAACUGUGGCUGCUUCUCUCUCUCUCUCCAUCGCACUCCAUCUCUGUUUAUUCAUUACUUCACUAUUCCCCCUUUACUUACCAGCCCACCUCUCCUACUUUUCUGCUGCUCUCUUCCUCUUUCGGGCUACUUCUCCAUCUCAGCAUGGAGUCUCAUUCUUUCAGCAUCUUUGUUAUUUUAUUGAUCUCAGCUAUGUCGGCACCAAAGUUGAUCUUUGGUUUGACCCCUUGUGAGUUUCCGGCAAUCUUCAAUUUCGGUGAUUCGAAUUCUGACACCGGCGGUUUAUCUGCAGCGUUCGGACAAGCUAGCCCACCUGCUGGAGAGACAUAUUUCCACACCCCGGCCGGACGAUAUUCAGAUGGACGUCUAGUGAUUGAUUUCAUAGCGGAGAGUGUUGGAUUGCCGUACCUGAGCGCUUACCUGGACUCGGUGGGGUCUAACUUUACGCAUGGAGCCAAUUUCGCGACGGCCGGAUCCACAAUCAGGCCACAGAACACAACUCUCUCCCAGAGUGGCUUCAGUCCCUUCUCCUUGAAUGUCCAAUACUAUCAAUUCCACGAUUUUCACCAGAGAUCCCAAGUUGCUCGUACACGAGGAGAAGUAUUCCAGAAGUUGUUGCCCAAGGCGGAGGAUUUCUCUCGUGCCCUCUACGCGUUGGACAUUGGUCAGAACGAUCUAACCGCCGGUUACUUCCUUAACAUGUCCACCGAUCAAGUUAGGGCAUACAUCCCUGAUGUUCUGGGUCAGUUCAGUACCAUCAUCAAGUACAUAUAUGAUCAGGGAGGAAGAUCAUUCUGGAUACACAACACGGGCCCAGUGGGAUGCCUGCCUUACAUAUUGGACCGGUUGUUGGUCAGAGCGCCGGAAGUGGACAAAGCUGGCUGUGCCACUCCCUACAAUGAGGUGGCUCAGUACUUCAACAUCAAGUUAAAAGAGACAGUGGUUCAGCUCCGCAAUCAACUCCCACUCGCCGCUAUCACCUACGUCGACGUCUACUCCGUCAAGUACUCACUCAUCAGCCAGGCCACCAAGCACGGAUUCAAGCACUCUUUGAGUGCUUGCUGUGGGCAUGGUGGAAAGUAUAAUUAUAACAGGAACGUGGGUUGCGGAGGAAAGGUUUCAAUGCAUGGCAAACAGAUAUUACUGGGGCGUUCAUGCAACGAUCCCUCCGUUUGGAUUAAUUGGGACGGAGUUCACUACACUGAGGCUGCCAACAAAUGGGUCUUCCAACAAAUUGUAGAUGGUUCUUUCUCUGACCCGCCCAUUCCAUUAAAAUUUGCUUGCCAUAGGCGCUAGACCACAUCAAUAAAUGUGGUCUCUCCCCAUUAAUUGAUUCCUACUCUCUCCCUCUCUCUCUGUCCAUCAACAUUUAUAAUGGUUCCUUUUAUUUUCCUUAUUAAUUGCAUUCUGAACGGCCUUGGUAUUUAAAAUUCAAAUUAUAAGCAUUAUUUCUGGUUA